CGCAUCCCGCGGAACCGCACCGCAUCCCAGGACACAGCAUCGCAUCCCGGGGAACCGCACUGCAUCCCGGGGAACCGCAUCCCAGGGCACAGCAUCGCAUCCCGGGGAACCGCACCGCUCCGCACGGCCCCGCGCCCCCGGUGCCCGCAGCACCCGCCCCCGGCAGGACCAUGAUGUCGUGUGCCGAGCUGCUGGCCGUGUGCCUGCUCUCCGCAGAUCGCGGCCCCAAGCCCCACCGCCAGCCGCUGCCCAUCUUCCACGACAUUUUCCGGCGAGCUGACAAGAACGAUGAUGGGAAACUGUCAUUUGAGGAGUUCAAGAACUAUUUCUCUGAUGGCAUCCUGAGCUCGGAGGAGCUGUGGGAGUUGUUCAGUGGCAUUGACAGGCGUCACUCAGACAAUGUGGACACGGAGAAGUUGUGUGAUUAUUUCUCGGCGUACCUGGGGGAAUACAGGAAUGUGCUCUCUGCCCUGGAAACCCUCAACGCUGCGGUGCUGGCAGCCAUGGACAAAACCAAGCUGAGGUACGAGACCUCCUCGAAGAUGGAGCAGUUCCUGACCCGGUUCCUGCUGCGGGAAACCAUGCACCAGCUGCAGUCCCUGCAGGCAUCCCUCGAGUGUGCCGUGGACACCGUGGAGGAGCAGGCGGGACGGGAGAGAAAGGAGAUCAAGAAAUCUGAGACUUCUGUUGGCCUGAGGUCAGGGAGGCGAUGUGGGCGCAGGGGACAGAAGAAUGUCUGCCUGUCCCCAACAGACCCCUACUCUGGGAUGCUGACAACAGGUGUUCGUGUCGAGGACAACAGCCAGUGGAUGGCUCAGAUCAACAGGCUCCAGCAGCUCAUCGAGAAGCUGGAGUGCAAGAGCCCACGCCUGGAGCCGCUGAAGGAGGAAUCCCUGUGCAAAGGCCAGGAUGCUCACAUCCUGGUGGCCAAGAGGCAGAUCUCGGUGGCCACGAGCAGCAUCGAGGAGUUCCGGCAGGCGUUCCGCUCCUACACCGAGGGCACGGCCGGGCACAGCAGCUGCCUGCAUGUCUCUGCCUGCAAGCUGACGGACGAGGCCUGCUUCAUCCUGUACGAGUUCUGGCAGGACGUGACCUCGUGGAGAAGCCACUUGCAGUCCAGCUGCAGCAAGACUUUCCAGCAGUCCAUCCUCAGCUUGCUGGAGUCCCCAGAGCUGCUGACCACCAUGCUCUUCCCAGCUUCCUGGUGGAUCAUGAACAACAACUGACCCGGGGCAGCCGUCUCCAGGACACCAUCAGCAUGCGGGAGGACAUGGAGCCCCGGGCACAGCCGUCACCUUUGUCACCUCCCUGUCCCUCCAUUCCCUCCUGUGGCCAGCGGGGGCUGCCUGCCCUCGGCCCUGCCGGUGUUUCACUCCUUUGCUCUUUUCAUGUCAAUUUAUUUAUUUAUCCUGCUCCUAAGACAGUGUCCGAGCCGAGUGUGGGGGUGGCAGCCUGGCCCUCGGGGGUGCACUGGGCUGGUGCUGCAAGCCAGGAGCCCUCAGUCCCUCUUGCACUCAGCUCCUCUUCCUCCUGGCUCUGAGGCUGCCCAGGGGCUGGGAUGGGCAGGGGACACGGCCCUGGCCAGCUGUGACAUCCUGCCCGGGCAGCCAGGUGGCCUGAUACAGAUUGUGAAGAGCGUUUUGUAGGGAAAAAAAUAUUUCAUGAAGGGAUUCUGGCAAGCUGCAGCUGAUCCUGGCCUGCCAUGCUGGCAGCACGUGCUGUGGCUUUGGGACUGGCUUUGUGCCCCAGCAGCUGUGCCCGUGGCUGAAGCUGUCCCCAGCACAUCCCACUGCCAGGGGAGGCCAGAGUGGCUCCAGUCCCUGCUGCUUCCUCAGCUCCAUAAACCAGCACUGGCAGCUGGCAGUGCCACCAGAAGCUGGAGCUGAGCUCAUGGGGAGGGGUCAGGGGGUACUAAAUGAGGGGGGAAGGGUGGAGCAGAUCCCACCUGCUCCAGGGGUGGCACUGGGGGUUUUUUUGGUGGAUCCUGUGCUGAGGCAGGGAAAAUUGCAUUGCCACAGCCAGUGUGGAGGGAGUGGGAGGGCCCAGGAGGGGCACCAGCCACCCUCCUGGCAUGGGAAACAUCAUCCCUGUGCCCCUGCCUGCCCCCAGCACCAGUGUGGCCCCAAGGGUGCCUGCACCCCCAUCCUCACUCACCCGGGACCUGGUACCACCCCCAACCUCUUCUUCCUCUCCCUGUGGGUGCUGCUCCACCAGAAACCUUCCUUUGAGUGUUUCUCCCCCAGCCCCUGGAUGCAGCCAGUAAAAUCUGUGCCUGAAGGGGCAGCGGGUGCAGCUCCAUCCUGGGACCCCUCAUAUCCACUGUGCUGGGUGGGUCUGACCCGGUGUCACCCCUGGGAGGGUCACUGGGUUUUAGGGUGCUUGUUUUGCUGGCUUUGGGGUGCCAGGGAGUGACCUGGCUGAUGCCAGGAGCAGCCUGCAGAGAUGGGAUCAGGGAAGCUCCUGCUUGGAGGAGCAGCAGCUGCUGGGCACAGACCCCAGCCCAGGGCAGGCUCAGCACCCAAACCACAAAUGGCCCUGCCAGGGAUGGGGUGUCCCUGUUCCCGUGGGGACCCAUCCUCCAAACACCCAGUUGUUUACCUGAUAAACAAUACCUGCUGCCUUCCCUGGCCAAAGCCAGGAUUUCUGUGAUCAGGGCCACAUUCCUGCCCCUGGGAGCGACAAACAAGGGAUCCAGGGAAGUGCUGGAGCUGCAGCAGCAGCACGGGCCAGAGCAAGGGAUGAGCUGUGCCAGGGCACAGCCAGGGUGGGUUGGAGAGGGGCAGACACAGAGGCAGAGCUGCAGCAGGCGCUGCUUUGGGAUUCCUGAGCUGCCUCCCCAGCCCUGUGUAGGGUUUACCCCUCAGCUUUGUGUUUCUCCAUCACUGGAUUAAUGUUUGCAGCAGCCUGGAGACCAAAAUCCUGAGAUUUAGCCAGGGUGUGGGCAGGGGGAAUCCCUGGGGGGCACAGAGCUGGCAGUGACAGCAUCUGCAGGCUGCUCUGUUCUCACAUAAAAAAAAAAAAAGAUUAUUUAAGAAAAGCUCAGAAAACAACACACUGACCUAUAAACGCAAAGAAAUCACUGAUAGGGCUGAACUCCAGCUCUGCCUGCACUUGCUCCCAGGCUUUGCCCACAGCAUCACCACUACAGGGAAGGCAAAUUUU